UUUCUCCUCCUCCAAGCAGUGGGGUUUUAUUGGGCGCCCAAGUGUCGGUGGCACGGAUCCUCGUGGGCAGCCGGAGCAGGGAAGUGCAGCUGCCCGAGGUGAUGGUGGACCCAAGAAGUUCAUUGAUGGCCGGAGAGGGGGAAGGGCCUCAGCGAUGGAUCAGGGGCUGUUGCCGUGGCUGAACAGGUGUCAACGCCCCCAUGGCUGAGGGCCGCGGCUCUGACUGCCCUCAGGAGCUGCCGCCAUGUUGCUUCAGGGAAGGGGGACCAGUUCGGCCAGCAGCGCUACGAGAUAACCCCGGGUUCGCCCUGAGGCCCCUCUGAGGCCGCUGAAGAAGCGAGCUGGAGGCUUUUGACCAGCCCUGGGCAAUGGGCACCUUUCUCGGGGCAGCGGAACCCGCGCACCCGCGGAACGGCAGGCCCGGGCGCGGCGGGUUGGGGGGACGGCGCUAGAUGGCACACCGCUAAAGAACCCGGGCCUGCGGGCCGCCGGAACGCUUCUUUUCGGCCCCGGGGAGAGAGUUCCGCAGGGAACAGUUCCGGUGGCGCACCAGGGCGGCUCGGCAAAAUGGCGGCGCCCAGCGCCUUCUGUCUGUGGCGAGCGCUGGCCCCGCGGUGCGGCUGGGUCCUCCCUGGGCUGGAGCAGCGCCUCGCCGUCCCCGCCGCGGUGAGCCCCGCCACCGCCCGGCCCUACGCGGCCGCAGCAGCCAAAGCUGCCAAAAAAGAUGCCAAGAGGAGCAGGCAGGAGAAGGCGAAGGAGGCAGCCAAGGAGAAGCCCCUCCCUCGGAGGCGGCCGCUGAUGAGCAAGCCCGUGGACGACGUGUACCUGACGUGGCUCUACACGAGACCCUCCUAUGGGCUGGAGCAGGCCGUGGGCAUGCUCAAGAGGUUCCAGGAGCUGGACUUCACCCACCCCAAGCAGUUUGUGUACAUCAAUGUCUUCCUGGACAUGGCGCUGCAGAAGAAGAAAAAAGUGGAUCCUUUUUCCAGCGGUGUUGCUCUCCCCCAUCGCUUUACGGAUGAGGUGAACAAGGUCUUGGUGUUCACAGAGAAUGAGCAGGAAGCUGAGGUAGCUCGAGAGCAUGGGGCUGCCAUUGUGGGAGGAGUUGAAUUAAUCAAAUGGAUCCUGGAGGAUGAAAUCCAGGCUGAUUUCUACGUGGCUGUCCCUGCCAUCAUCCCCAAGUUAAUCCCCCUGAGGAACAAGCUGAAAAAGAAGUACCCCAGCACCAGGAGAAAUUCCCUGGGCAGUGACAUUCCCAAAAUGGUGCAGUUCUUCAGGGAAUGUCACGAGUACUCGGUGGAGGACGAGAGUGUCAUCAAGACAAGGAUAGCCAGACUGGAUAUGCCCACUGAGCACAUCAUUGCCAACCUGAAAACAAUUAUCCAGGAUAUCUGCACCUUCAAGCCAUCCAAUUUUGAUCCCAUUGUGCAGAGGCUGGUUAUCAGAUCCUCCACCAGUGAAGGCUUGCUGCUGAACCUCGAUGGAAUCCUACCUCAGGUGGAGAAAGCAGAGGAAAAAGAAGAAGAAGAAGAAGAUGCAGCUGAUAAGGAUGAGCAAAAACCUGUCCAGGAAUCCAUUAGUACCUGAUGUCUUCUCCUUGUGGGCAUGGUGCUCCAGCUGGAGAAGCAGAUGUGAAUAUCACUCAAAUCAUGCUCUGUGAGACCAAAAAAUAAAUGCAGCUUGUGGAUUUCAUGUCUAAA